UGACUGGUGUCUGUAGGUGAAGAAAUUCAGUAGAUACUGAGGCCAAAGUCUUGAAGGUUGUUGAUUAGUUUUGACAGGAUGAUGGUAUUGAAUGCUGAGCUGUGAUCGAUAACGAGCAUCCUGAUGUAUGAGACGUUCCAGGAUUGAGUGAAGAGCCAGUGAGAUGGCAUGGCAGCUGCUCUGGAGCAGCUGAGUUGGACAGAUGACCUCACAGUGUGCCACCUCUCGGGGAUCGGUUAUGGCACAAAUCGCAUUUACCAGGCAGAUGGAACCAGUAUUGAGGCUCACAGCUUGGAGGAUGGUUGGCUGAGGUUUCGAGAAGAUGAGUGCUUCCUUUAUGGGGUCUUCAAUGGAUACGAUGGGAGCCGAGUCUCAAAGUUUGUGACGCAGAGGCUGACAGCAGAGCUCUUGCUGGGGCAGCUGACCGAGAGUCACAAUGACGCUAACGUACGCAAGGUGCUAUUGCAGGCCUUCGAUGUGGUAGAACGCAGCUUCUUCGAAUCAAUAGAUGAUUCUCUGGCGGAAAAGGCCAACCUGCAGUCUCAGCUUCCUGAGGGUAUUCCUCACUCCCAGCUUCCACAACAGUACCAGAAGCUCCUGGAAAAACUCAAUAAAAUCGAGCAGGAGAUUUCAGGAGGAACGACUGCCAUUGUUGCACUUAUUCUCAACAGCAAACUCUACAUCGCCAACAUAGGCACUAGCCGAGCCUUGCUGUGCAAAUCCACUGCAGAUGGACAGCUCCAGGUGACUCAAGUCAGCGUUGAUCACACGACAGACAACGAGGACGAGCUCUUCCGGCUGUCACAGCUCGGUCUGGAUGCUGCAAAAAUUAAGCAAUGUGGGUUGAUUGGAGGCCAGGACAGCAGCCGCAGGAUUGGAGAUUAUCGCAUGAAGUACUGCUACAGUGAUGUGGAAAUGCUGAGUCCUGCCAAGACGAAGCCGGUGAUCGCAGAGCCAGAAAUCCACGGAGGUCAGUCACUGGAUGGGGUGACAGGGUUUUUGGUGCUGAUGACCGAUGGACUGUACAAAGCCCUGGAGGCAGCUCAUGGUCCUGGACAGGCCAAUCAGGAAAUCGCUGCCAUGGUGGCUACGGAGUUUGCACUGCAGACGAGGCUGGAUGCUGUGGCCCAGGCAGUGGUUGACCGCGUCCGAAGGAUACAUCGCGACACCUUCAUCAGUGGAGGCGAAAGGUCAAAGUUUUGUGACAGACACGAGGACAUGACCCUCCUCAUUCGAAACUUCAACUACCCUCUGGGGGAGAUGAGCCAAACGUCCACAAGCCCGACCCAAGGGGGUCGAAUCUACCCAGUCUCCGUCCCUUACACCAGCACACAAGGAACUCUGGGGAAAACCAGUGUCACACUCUCCCUGGUGAUGCCAUCCCAGAAUCAGAUGAUGAACGGUAAUCACAGCAACUCGACAGGGGACGAGACCACACCCACACUCACAAACAGCCAAAGUCCAACAGCCACGUUGCAGUCUACCAACACGCACACACAUAGCAGUAGCUCCAGCUCGGGUGAUGGGCAGGGCCACCUGUUCCACCGGCACCGGCUCCCUCACACCCUUCAGCCUGACCAAGACGGCCGCGUCGAGCCCUACGUCGACUUCUUGGAAUUCUACAGACUCUGGACUGUGGACCACAAUGAGCAGACCCUUGCUGGAGUCCAGUAGGUGACUGGUCAACACUGCCUCUGGCCACAGUUCAGCUGCUGGGAGCCUCUGGGUUGUGACAUAAAGCGAACCCUGCCUGCGUCACUGAUUUCAUCAGCUUUCCACGAGUGACUGGAGCUGAACGUCAGCCAAGUCUUCAGGACUGCCCAUUCUCCCAAACGACAGCAGCUAACCACAGCUGUGGUCAGGACACCAGAGCCCUGCAGAUGGAGAGGAAUAUCUGAAUGUGUGCGCGUGCUGGGAUUGGGCCAGCUUCAUCUGUGGUGACCUUCACAACCAAAUAGUUUGCCUGCUGUAUAAGCUGUGACGUGAUGAUUGGCCCAUGAGAUGCAAAGCAGCUCCCAGGGAACAGAUGGCUGAGGUUGCUUAACUUGGGAAAUCUUCUGACGAACUCUUAAGUUCUGGGUGUAUGUUCAGGAGGUGAUACAAAUUCCUGUUGUUAGAUCGAGCAUCCUAACAAGUGUUUUUAAACUGCUGGUCUAUGCUAUCAGUGGCUGCAGUCAGCAUCCCAGGCAAUGACGCUGCAAAUAAAAGACGUUCUCCUGCCACUCAGCCAGCCUUUCCUUGUGAUCUUUAUCUGAAGGGGACGAGGCACAUGUCCGCGAGCAUGUGAAUGACUGGGAGAUGUAAACAGAAUGUUACAGUAAAUGAAAAUUUUUUUAAAAACACAACUGCAGGUACUGGAAACCUAAAAUAAAGAGUUAAAAUGCUGGAAAGGCUCAUCUGGUCAGGCAGCCUCUGUGGAAUGAGAAACGGUUAAGCCUCAGAGUUCUCCCAUUAGUCAUUUAACCAGUGAACUGCAACUUAUCUCCACAGUAUUCCUGGCGCCUCCCUAUCGCAAGUAUUUACUUUGUCCUACCCAUCCCUUCUCCAAUGUAAAACUUUCGUUUUUACCCAGUUCUGACAAAGGAUUUUUGACCUGAGUCUUUAUCCUUGUUUCUCCUGCACAGUUGCUGCUGAGCUGUUUUCAGCAU